UCAUGAUUUGGUUUUGGUUCAGUGCGGGUGGGUUCAAAAACACGGUGCACGUUCUAAUAGGUAAUACCGGUAAUACUCUUUUGCACUCACCUGCGUCAUUCUGAACUAAUGUCCGCUCUAAGAUUAAUGGUGAUAGUCUUCUGCAUUUUCAUUACUGGUGUAUUGCCAUUAAUCGUUUCUGCCGCGGACCCGUAUCCUUCAUGCCCUGGUGCAAAACCAUCGCAACCGUGUUCUGCUAGUUCCGUCUCUGCCCCAGAAAAAAAGCUGCGACGGAACUACCUGCUGCAUGAUGUCAACCCUGGUGAAGGUUUCAACUUGAGAAGAGAUGUCUACAUGAGAGUUGCAAGGCUUGUAGCAGCACUAAAUGCAGAUUCUCAUCGUGAAAAUUGGGUGCUGGUUUUGCCACCGUGGGGUCCAUUGUAUCAUUGGCAAAGCAAAGAUAUAGGUUCACAAAGCAAGAUCAGAUGGGAAGAGUUUUUUGAUAUAAACAGCUUAGCUGGCUAUGUGCCUGUCAUGGAAUUUGAAGAUUACAUUCACAGCGUAGGAAGACUUAUUGACAAAAUAUUUUUCCUGCAACACUAUCCAAGCACAUUUACCUCAUCCACAUGGGUUGAAAAAUAUGAAGAAAGUCCAUGCCUUGAGGAAACUGACUACUACGAAGAGAGCGAUGGAGAAUUCAGUGGCUGGUUUUGGGGCUAUUACGAUGUCACGAGCAAGGAAGUUGCUUGCCUUUAUGUCCAAGGGUCUGGCUCCACACUGAAACCACUGCUUCAAGAACACUCAAACUACACUGCCAUCAUGCUAGAUCGUGCUGAAGUUAUCCUCCAUGAUAAUUUUGGAGACCCAGUUUACUGGGAGAUAAGGCGAAGCAUGCGCUUCUCAAAGAGACUUCGUGAUGUGGCGGACAAGUUUCGCCGAGACACCCUGAACUCGGAUGACGAAAGGGAUGACACAGUGCUUGAGGAAGACUGGAAAGUUGUUUCUAACCGUACACAGCAUGCCAUGGGUGGCCCAUAUCUCGCAGUUCAUCUCAGGCGCCAGGACUAUGUGAAGAGCCGUCCCAAGGAUGUCCCCGACCUCAAAUGGGCAGCAGAACAGAUCCAAGUACUGCUUGAGAAGCAAGGCUUGAAGAAGGUGUUUGUUGCAACUGACGCAGGCGAUGAAGAAUUCCAAGCACUGAAGACAUACCUCCCUGAAGCUGUACGGUUUGAACCCAGCAAGGAACUUCGGAAAGAACUCAAAGACGGUGGGCUUGCAAUCAUUGAUCAGUGGAUAGCAGCGCAUGCAAGGUACUUCGUGGGCAGCUAUGAGUCAACAUUUUCUUUUCGCAUUCAAGAGGAAAGAGAGAUAAUGAAUUUUGAUCCUGACACAACAUUCAAUAGGCUGUGUGGAAAUGGACAAAAAACAUGCACUCAGCCUACAAGAUGGAGAAUCGCAUAUCCUGACUGAUAAUCAUUCAAGUAACAGCAUGCAGUCUUUCGAGACAUUUGGUUUACAGCUGCAUGCUUUGUUUGGAUGACAGCAUAUAGUUGCGCAGAGUACCUACCUUCAUUUUGACAGUAAUAUCUUUAGGUGAGGAGACAUGCUAGCAAUUAGCUAAUCAUUUACACUAAAAUAGGGGAGAGGAGGAGAGUGUAGUUUGUUUUCUGUGAUGUUUGUUAAAGGGGCCUUGAACCACUUUUUAUCAAAGUGGAGAAACGCAUUUGAAGUUAAAAUAAGCUAUUUCAAAAAUACAUUGCUGCAAAAAGUACUUCAAUGCGUUCAGCAGAAGCGGAGUUAUUGGCAAUCAAACAUGACCUUCGCGGUGCUUCCACUCCUUCUUCAAUGAUUAGCACUGCGAAGGCUACGACGGGGUGGAGCGUGCCCACAAUGCUCCACCUGCUGAACAUCACCGUAGCGCGCCGUUCAAAUUUGAUUGUGGAUGUUAACGUAGAUGCCACUGCUUCCGAUUUUGGUGCCUAUGAUGCACCAAAUGUAAGCCAAACGCAAUUGUACUCAGCGAGCCGCAGCGCGCUUAGCCAUUGGACUCGUUGCGGCACCCCACGGCGGCCACAGUAUCUACGCUACGUAGCAGUCCACAGCUACAUGCAACUGUAGUGCAUAUGCGCAGCGUUUGCUUUGUGCACGACAGGGCUUGAGUGCGUGCUUGCGCUCAUAUGCUGCAGUCUGAUCGUGGUGCAGACCAGCUUUGUCCUUCACCAACUUGACCGACGGAUAGUAGCGACAUCCAACUUGCGCAUUUUGAAGUACUAUCAAUAAGUCUGCCAAGGCGUCUAAGCAGGAGCGGCCGGAAGCGGCAAGGAGACAGCGUGCGCUGGCAGCAAGCGUGCGUGUGGUCUGACUUUAAGUUUCGCGUGGUUCGAGGCUAGUUGAGCAUUCAAAACUAGUCGAAAUCAGCGACACCCGAUGGCUACGACACCAAUGAGCACGGUGGCCAAAGCUUAAUUUCUACGCGCACAGCUGCGGCUGAGCGUGAGCAGACAAUAAUCGUCUUCUUCCGGAAGUGCGUAAUUAUCGAAAUUCAGAAGCAGAUUUUCGCGUAUUCAACCUGUUUAAUAAACUUCGUCAAUAAAUAUACACAGUAACAGUAGGAAGAAGUGCACUGAUCCAAACAACCUUCUUGAUUGACAUCAGCUAUUGACCAAUAGCAGCCGCGUUUUUGGGAUGCUUUAUUACAAAAUAAAGCGUCCAGAAAAGAGUGAGGAGCAAGCUUCUGUUGAAAAAAGAGUAAUUGAGUGAAAGGUGACUUCGCACUCCGCUUGUGAGGUCCACAUGCCGCCCACGACUGCAAAACUUGGCUGAGAUGUACACAGCAGCGUUAUGCUAUCCGCGGACUAUGUUUUUUUCACCAAGCCCGAGGGGUGGUUCAGGACCUCUUUAAUAGCUCCGAUCACACUUCUCAAAAUUGUAAAAAACUAUGUUCUAAGGGAAAGCACAGGGCUGUGAGCCGACGGAUCAAAGCUUGGCAUUGCACACACUACUGGCCAGGUGCUCUACGGACAUUUAAGUGCACAUAUGGAAAAAAAGUAUAAGAUAUGCAUGUUUUGCAUAAUAAAUUGUGGUCUUUCAUGUAACUACAUAAUAUCAGUGCUCUCAAGGGUGGGGGGACAAAGGUCCUUAGGCCAAAAAAUGAUCAAAUAUUGUUUUUUGGAAAAUGGCAUUUUCAGAAUCUACAUUUAUUCUAUUUAUCUGCAAAGUUUCAUAUCUUGUAUAUGACUAUCAAUUUAAGAAACAUAUAGAGCAGGUUGUUUCUUGCCUGUGUUGAUGCUAAAAUGACACAUGCAAUGACCAUGCACUCGCGUUCCAUGGCCUCAUGUGCCGCCAUCAUGGCCUCAUCUGUGCUCCUGGAGCCUACUAAAACCUUUUGGGUGUGUGCGUGUACAUAUUUCUCACUGUUCUUGAUUAGAUGUGACAUUUGUUUGUGUUCUUUGUUUUCUUAAAAUACUAAUUUUGCACACCUAGCAAGUCUGUUACUUUGAUAUCUCAGUACAGUCGACUCCUGUUAAUUUGACCCUUGCGGGACCGCAAAACUUUUUGAAUUAUCCAAAAGGUCAGAUUUACAAAUGGCAGCAAACUGAACGAAUUCAAAUCCUUUUUUUAUUGCUUUAAAUAGUCUCUCUAUUGUCAUUUUGUUUCUUGCUCACGAAGCCGGACUAAAUGAGCAUGAGGUGAAUAGCGCCGGCAUGUUUCGCUGGCUCAGUGUGAGCCGACACAAAACAAGCAGCAACGGAUUGUUUUACCAGUGGAAGAAGCGUCAGCCACUAAAAAAAUUAAAAUAAAUAUAUAUAACACAGCUUCACGCCUAGGGAAGCAGUAGCAUUGUCUGUUAAAUGUCUUGCGUUUUCAAGCUUAUAGUGACCACUGCACGCCUGAGGGGUGCGGCACCGGUGCGGGUUGGUGUGGAUUGAAAUAACUGAAGCGGCAUGCUUUCGAGUUCCACUUAAAUGAGCUUUCCUUCCAUAGAAUGUAUGGUUUCCUGCCGGGACUUUUCAGUGCGUUCGAAUUAAAGGGUCCCUGAAACGUUUCGGACAAAUUUUGUAAACGUGUAGGUUACAGCUACUGUAAAACAUUCACGUCACAAUUUAAGAGAAGCGUCUCAUAUUAAGAGAGCUGCGGACGAUUACAAGUUGCCCUCCUCCCUAGCCAUGCAUUUCCUCCUCAACUCGUUCGCCGAGUGAUCGGGGCUAAGCUCCGCCUUCGCUGGCUCUACGUCCUGUUGUGACGUACGUUGUCGUCUACUUUCGGUUGUCUUGGAGCCAGCGCGUGAAGGCUCUCCAACCUCUCCGCUAGCCGCCCGGCCGUUGAUCCCUUGCGAGAGCGAUCAAGCAGCGUGCGUUGCGAGUGUUCUGUCGCAGUGCCGAGCGUGUCCGGUAUUCCGGUAACCACAGGCGGGCUGGGUGUUUUGACGGAUAGCCAGAGGCGUAAACUAAAGCCCUUCCAUACCGCUGUGAUGAAGGAGCUUCGUAGACGUACGUGAGCGGCCUGAUCGGCAUGCACGGUCCAGCCAUCUGGCGGCGCAGAGCUUAAACAGCCAAAUACAAAUCUAAUAUUCCUGUAACCAAGUGUAAAACAUUUGAAACAUAUAAAAAGACAAUGUGUUCAAGAUUACGCUCCUGCCAAAAAUUUGAGCCAGCAGCAAAGUAUAAAAAACGUGGUUACUGCUGUAUUAGCUGUGUGUUUGGUUCAGCUUUGUGCCGCCAGGUGGCUGCACCGUGCAAGCAGUUCACGUUUGCCCCUCCGUUCAUCACGUAAAACGUGGUAAAACGGCCAGUACACUUACGCUUGCGUUCACCUGAAUACCGGACAAGCUAAAUUCUAUUGUGGCAAUCCUUCGACGUGAAGUGACAGCCGCAAAUGCAUAGAUGCUGGCGCCAUUUGGAUACCGUCAGUCCGAUGCGGUGCAGCCACUCUGCUCGUCUGCUGCCUUGCAGCGGGGCACGAUGUCACAGCUUGACAUGUCGCCGAUCGCUACGUUUGCAGCCCACAACGCAAGGGCGAAGCAUGGUGCUUGCGAAAAGAAAGAACAAGACCAACACUGACUGCACAGCUCUCGUCAACACGGAGCAUGUUGUAACACAAGCAGACGACACUUGCUGUGGGCCGGAAGUGCUUUUUGUGUAGUGAUACAUGUCCUUGUGGAUUCUCUUUCUGUUACUUUAGUUUUAUAGAAACAAAUUAACUAACAUCUAAACUAUUAUGAACAACAUUUGUUCACCAUAAUGUUGGAAAAAUUAUCGAUGACGCGCCCCUGGCAGCCAAUCGGACAGCUGGCCUAGUGACGUAUUCUUGGCAAAUCGCGUCAUCUGGGCACAAAACUCAGCCCCUUGGCGUGCUGCAAUUGGUAGCGAUGUACAUUUUUAAAACCUUAUAAUAAAUUACACGCUUUACGUAGGGUGCUUAGAUGCGUCAAUUAAUGAUCAGAAGGACCUACUCUUAACGACUCAGUACGUUUGUACAAAAUCUCCAAAAUCGUUUCAGGGUCCCUUUAAGCGAAAAGUUGAAUUUACUGAGGUCGAAUUAAUGGGAGUUGACUGUACCUAUUAUAAAUAUAAUAAUAAUUCUUUUUGCAGCAUGAAGCUAGAUGUUCGAAGCACCAGUAGCGCACCCAGGA